AUGCAGUCUCGGAAGAUGAUCAUGCGGAACAUAGGGAUUGCCAAGACGAAAAGGAACAGCAGAUUAUUGCAUCAUUCAACGCUCAGGAUGCUCAACAGAUUCGUCGUAUUCAAGAGCACUUCCUUCAAGAAUGCAUGAAAAAGGAAACAGUAGCUGAAGCCAACGAUUCUGGAAGAAAUGACGUGUGUUGCCCACGAAAAAAGCUCACCGGAGUCGGCGAGCUUCUUGCGAGCCUCAGAAAUCCGCCGAAAAUUCAUAAAGAACGAAUCAUUCUCGGCGGGGAUGGAAGACCAAUCAAAAAGCUUCGCGAAAACCGAGCUGCACUGAAUUUCAUCGAUCCAUCUGCCGAACUUGACAAGUGUAUAGUUCGACAAAAGCAGCAAGACUUUUGUGCUCCGGAUCUCAACAUGGUUCCUGCGUCCUCACUGAGCAUCGAUGAAAUUCGAAAUGCCGUCCGUAAAAGCAUGUUCCGAUGCAAAGUCUGCAAAAAUCGUUUCGGUGAGAUGAGCCUUCUCGAGCGACAUCUCAGAGAUUCCCACCCGAAAGCCUACAUUGCAUUUUUGGAAAAUCAACGUGAAAUGGCUGAUUAUAUGGGUGAACUGGAGAGAGAGCGUAACCGAAUCGAAGAGCUUGUGAGUGGCGGAUUCAUUCCUCCAGAGUCGGAAAUUGAGGCGACAUCGAACAAUCUGGAAGUGGACUCGAUCCCGUUGCCGGGUGAGAACAGUCAAGGACACAUCCCACGACUGAAUCGUUACGGAGGUCUCAUGUACCCAAUGGAUGCGCUUAGAAAGAAAUUUCCAUAUCUUAAGAAGCGUUCCCCUCAAUGCCCUUUCUGCGAUAAACGAUUCCGAAACGACAUCUCAUUCAACAACCACCUCACGAAGAAGCAUCCAGAAUGCGCCGAGUUCGUUCAAUGUCUUCACUGCUUCAAGUGUCUUCCAUCGGCCGCUGAUCUUCCAACUCAUGACUGUGAUCUCACAUAUCUCUGUCUCGAUUGUCGUCCGAUCCGUAACAUGUGCAAUGGCUACCGUCUGUUCCGACACCGCACCAAGUUCCAUCGUGGCUACCAUUCCGGUUUCCGCUGCCCAGACUGCAAUCAGAAGUUCUUGACGCCAAGAAAGCUGCGAAAGCAUCGCAAAAUGGCUCAUGUCUUCUCGCGAACGUUCCAAUGUCAUUUCUGCGAGGAAUUCUUCAUUUCGGAUACAGCUGUCACUAUUCACGAGCGUGUUCACACCGGAAUCCUGAAGUUUGAGUGCACGGUGUGCGACUUUAGAGCUAGCAGAUAUCUUCAGAUGGAAGAGCAUACGAAGGAACAUCAUGGCUACAUGUGCUCCGUGUGCCAGCUCAAAUGUCAACACUGGAACGAUAUCAAGGAUCACAUGUUGGCCGAGCACUCGUGCUAUGUUACCGAAGAAGCUUCACAAGUCUACAUCGAGUCUCCGCAAAUCUGGCUCAUGUACAAGGGAGAAUAAUUAUAUUGAUAUAUGUAUAUCGCCUGUCUUCCCAAUUUCUCCAUCACCCCCCGUUCAAUGACGAUUUCACCCAGUUUUCCCACAUUUUAAUGUUUACAAUAAUAUCGGUUACCAAUUCCACUUGUUCUGAUUUAACAAUAAAUACAACUGGGCGUA